CGGGCACCGAGUCGUCUGGCAAGACUGCGGGCACCGAGUCGUCUGGCAAGACUGCGGGCACCGAGUCGUCUGGCAAGACUGCGGGCAUCGAGUCAACUGGCAAGACUGCGGGCAUCGAGUCAACUGGCGGAACAGUGGGCACCGAGUCGUCUGGCAAGACUGCGGGCACCGAGUCGUCUGGCAAGACUGCGGGCACCGAGUCGUCUGGCAAGACUGCGGGCACCGAGUCAACAGGCACGACAGUGGGCACCGGGUCAUCAGGUAUCGGAUUGUCUGGCUCGACAGCGGGGCAUCGGGUCACCAGGCAUCAGGUCAAUUGGCUUGCCAGCGGGCACCGCGUCAUCUGGCAAGGCAGUGGGCACCGGGUCACCAGGUAUGACAGCGGGCUCUGAGUCAAUUGGCACGACAGCGGGCACUGGAUCAGGUACCGGAUCAUCUGGAUCAACAGCGGGCAUCGAGUCAACUGGC